GUCACCGAUCCAUCCACCCACCCGCCGCGCCUCUCACAGGCCUCUUCCGCGGCCAUGUCCGCGUCCGGCAGCAUCGAUGCGGCCUUUGCCCACGCCGGCACGUCGCUCGCGCCGCCGCCGCCCAGCGCCGGCGCCGACGACUCGGCGGCGGGCGUCGCCGCACGCAUCCCGCGCCUGCGCGACGGGCCCGACGACAUGCGCCUCACGCCGCUGCGCGCCCACUACCUCAAGAAGACGCUCCUCUCGCUGCAGGUCGAGCGCGAGAUCAAGAGCCUCAGCCAGAAGGAUGCGCUCUCCACCUUUGGGCCGCCCUUUCACGCCUCGGCGAGCGUGUCGCGCGCCGACGUGCCCGUGCUGCGCUUUCUCUUCCACCACUUCAUCCUCACCUUUCCCUUCCUGCGCUCGGCGCCCGCCAACUUCUGGGGCGACAAGGUGCAGGUCUUCGUCUCGCGCUUCCUCGAGCGCAACAUCAGCGGCACGACGCCCGAGGAAGGCGAGGUGUCGAAGCGCACGCGCCUCGGUACCAAGAUCGGCAAGUGGGUCACGCUGCUCAUGGGCGCCGCCAUCCACGCCAACAGCGCCGAGGAGAUCCUCAGCAUCGCGCCGGCGGACCGCGAGCGCAUGACGGCGGCGCAGGCUCGCAUGCGCGCAGCGCUCGCCGGUGCGCCGCCGCCCGACACGGGCUUCGACGUCAACGUCGUCGGCGUGCGCAGCGUGUCGACCAAGGCGGGCCGCCUGGCGCGCACGCGCACGCACGACGAGUUCCUGCUGCGUACGCGGCGCGAGGGCAUGCCCGACGUCUAUGUCAGCCGCCGCUACGGCGACUUUGCGCGGCUGGCCGACACGCUGCGCGUCGAGUUCCCGGGCGAGGACCUCGGGCGCCCGCCGGCCAAGGACCGCCGCGGCACGCAGUGGGCCGGCACGCAGAGCAUGGGCCAGCACGAGGCGCAGAACGGCUCGCCGGAGCAGCAGCUCGCCGACCUGCACAUCGGCACGUCGGCGCCGCACCCGGGGGCGCCGCUGGCGCGCGAGAAGAACCGCCUCACGCUGCGCGCCUACGUGCGCUCGCUGCUGGCGAUUCCCUCGGUGGCCGACUCGGGAGCGCUUUCGGACUUCCUGCUCGGCGAGCCGACGCGCCUGACGCCCGACGAGGAGGCCGACAUUACGGCGCGCGAGGCGCUCGACGCCGUGCGCGAGGAUGAGGCAGGCCGCUUCGCCGCCGAGGCGUCGCGGCGCGUCGGCGAGCUGCGCGAGCACAUCGCCGAGUUCAAGGCGCAGCUCGUGCAGCGCGACGGCCUCUCGCAGGUGUUCGGCACGAUCAAGCGCACACCGCUCAUCGAGGACCUGCCGGAGAGCUACCGCGCGCUGCUGGCGUGGGGCCGCAUCUCGGCGGCCUCGACGCUCUUCCACCUCUUCAUGGGCUCGGACACGUCGUCGGACCUCUUCGGCCAGCUGAAGCGCAUCCACGGCCUCAUGCCGUACUUCAUGCUGCGCGGCAUUCUGCGCAUCUCGAAUCCCGUGUACAUGGUGCGCAGCGUGCUCGACCUCUUCCUGGCGCGCCCGUUCGGCCAGACGUCGCUGCUGCAGCGCAUGUUCACGUCGAGCCUGCAAGAGGAGGUCAAGGAGCUCGAGACGAUGGCGCUCGGCGUGCGCGCCAAGAUCGAGGACGACGACCUGUGCGAGCGCGUGCGUGCCUUUGUGCACUCGCCGCACGAGUACCAGAGCGCGCUCAAGCGGCAGGCACGCGCCGAGCGCCUCGACAUGCUCACCGUCAUCCUGCGCUCGCCGCCGGAGGGCACGCCGCCGCUGGCGCGCCCGCAGGUGCACCGCGUCGUGCGCGCCAGCCGCGCGUACGAGCUGUACAAGGAGUACCGCGCCAACCUGGGCCGCGGCGAGGAGGACCAGGGCCCGGACGCCGUCGACGCCGAGGCGUGGCUGUACGAAGACCUGCACGUGUACCUGCGCUGCAUGACGCGCCUGCGCGACAAGGAGCAGAUGAUCAGCCUCGUGUUCGAGGGCGUCACCUCGGAGCUGCUCAAGGACAUCGUCACGAUCUUCUACUCGCCGCUGGCGCAGGUGUACAAGGCGGCGAACAUCGCCGACAGCCUGAGCGACCUGCAGGCCUUCAUCACGGACCUCAUCCGCACCGUCGAGAGCAGCGAGGAGCUCAGCUACACGGACCCGCAGCGCACCGUGCAGGUCUUCAUCGACCUCGUGCAGCGCCACGAGGGGCGCUUCUACCACUUUGUGCACGAGGUGCACUCCAAGGGCUCGGGCCUCUUCGACGGCCUCAUGCACUGGAUUGAGCUCUUCAUCAACUUUGUGCGCGGGGCCGACGGCGUCGGCAGCGAGGAGCAGCGGCGUGGUCUCGGCCAGGUUGACCUCGAGAUCUGCAUGCCUGCCGGCGGCGCUGAGCGGCGCGCGGCCCUCGCCGAGAUUGAUGCAGUGAUUGUACACGCGUACCGCGUCAAGAUGGUGCGCGAGCUCAAGCUCAGCCGGCGCCUGGCGAACAAGGAGGUCGAGGGCGCCGCCGGCAAGCUGAUGGGCAGCAGCGAGCUCGACGAUCAGGCGUUCGUCGCAGCGAUGGUGGACAAUCUCGGCGUCGGCAACGCAUUCACCGGCGAGAUGGAGGAUGUCGAGGCGGACCUCGAGGACGAGGAGGGCAGCGACGAAGAGAAUGACGAGCGCGAGGAUCGCUUCGACGACGCCCGCGCCUCGUUCGACGAGACGAGCGAGUCAGACGCCGGCAGCGAGGCGCAGCACGCACCCGACGCCGGCGUGUCGCGCUGGCGGCCACCACCGCCUGGCCGCAGCUUCUCGCAGCUGACGGCGCGCCCGGACAAGGAGCUGCCGGAGCUGCCACCAGCGGACACCGCGCCGCAGACGCCCGCACGCAAGCCGCGCCCGCCAAAGGCGCCGACGCUCGUCGUGCUGCCCGAGAUGGUGCCGCUCUUCACCGAGCUGGUGCGGCCAAUGCUUCGUCCCGCUCGUUCUGCCAGCGCGAGUUCCUUCAGCGCACCGCCGACGCCUGGCGGCUUUGGUUCCGAGGCCGCAGCAGCGCGAGAGAGCGGCUCACAUCACAGCUCGUCGCCGCCAGCGCCGCCGGCACCAGCUGGAGGCGGCUACGAGCCGCGGCGACGCACGCCGUCCGCGCAGCAGCAGCAAGGCAGCGCGGCGCCGCCGGGCGCCUGGGGAUUCUGAGACGUGGCUUCUGGGGUUCGAUGCGAGGGCAAUAGACUAUGUGCAGCGUCACACGGCGG